AUGAGCGCCUCACGUGCGUUGACAUCGCUCUCGCGAGCCGCACCCAGGACUCUCCGUAAGACGAACCUCAGGACCCGAUUUGCGGUGCAGCCGCAGCGAGGGAUAUCAAGCAAUACGAACAGACCAGCCCAAGCUUACGCUCAAAAGCCGAUUGAAGACGACACACCGGCUGGCUCUUCAUUGUCUAAUCCGCAACUGUCGUUGCCAUGUCUGGACAAAGCAGAAGACCGAACGAGGCGAUUGACCAACCAACGAUCCAAGUCGAGCUCCGAGACUGCCCUAAGCCAGCAACAACUGGCGUUUCCGUGCCUGGACAACAUUGAAGACAGAACGAGGAGGUUGAAUAAGAAGCGUUCUCAGUCAGGUCCAGAGCCGUCAUACACAGCUGGUGCGACUGAGCUUUAUCACUCUCCAGAGCCCUUUCUGCUUGACUGGGGAGGAGUCUUGCCUUCCUUCGAUAUUGCCUGGGAGGCCUGGGGUACAUUGAAUGCAGACAAGAGUAAUGCGAUCUUGCUACACACCGGCUUGUCAGCCAGUAGUCAUGCACGGAGUACAGAAGCCAACCCAAAGCCGGGCUGGUGGGAGAAGUUCAUUGGCCCCGGGGCGCCUUUGGACACCAACAAGUACUUCGUGAUUUGUACGAACGUGUUAGGUGGAUGCUAUGGAAGUACAGGUCCGAGUAGCAUCGACCCACUCAGCGGAAACCAUUACGGAACUAGUUUCCCAAUCUUGACUAUGUCGGACAUGGUGCGAGCCCAGUUUCGCCUUCUCGAUUCGAUGGGCAUUGAAAAGUUGUAUGCGAGCGUUGGGUGUAGUAUGGGAGGCAUGCAGAGCUUGGCUGCCGGUAUUAUCGACACAAAGCGUGUGGGGCGGAUUGUAUCUGUCUCGGGAUGUGCAAGAAGCCAUCCUUACAGCAUUGCGAUGCGACACACUCAACGCCAAGUCUUGAUGAAUGACCCGAACUGGUCAAAGACACGCGGCAAUUACUACGAAAGCAUACCUCCGCACACUGGCAUGAAACUUGCUCGACAAAUUGCAACCAUCACCUAUCGCUCUGGGCCAGAAUGGGAAAAGAGAUUCGGCAGACAGCGUGCAGAUGCCAGCAAGCCGCCUGCUCUGUGCCCUGAUUUCCUGAUCGAGACAUACUUGGAUCACGCGGGAGAGAAAUGGUGUCUGGAGUACGAUGCUAACAGCCUGCUCUACGUUAGCAAAGCAAUGGACCUCUUUGAUCUCGGCGCGGAGCUACAACAAUCGACUGCGGAAAGGAGACAAUCCAAUGCUGCCAAGCUACAGGGCGCAUUCUUGGAUCAAGCGAGCCAAGACCGCUGCACACUGUCACUCCCAGACGUGCCAUACGAAGAACAAGAUGCCUCGUCGGAAGACCUCAUGGAGUCAUCCGCCGCCUCUACCUCCGACUCCUCGAAACCCAAUCUCGGCGAACAAGGCCCGCCUGAGGACUUGGUCAAUGGUCUCAUGCCGCUGAGAGACAUUCCGACUCUCGUCUUGGGUGUCGCAUCUGACAUUCUGUUCCCAGCGUGGCAGCAACGGGAGAUUGCAGAGGCUUUGCGCAAAGUCGGCAACAGGAGUGUGACGCAUUAUGAGCUUGGGGAGGACCGUUCGCUGUUUGGUCAUGAUACUUUUCUACUGGAUCUAGAAGGCGUUGGCGGAGAAAUCAAGCGCUUUCUAGGCUGA